AGUGGGCGUUUCCACGCAGCUGCGAUGGCAGCUACUGCUACACUGGUUAAGCGAAAAACUUAAGCGAGGUAGCAUUAAGAUUACGGAUAAAACUCGGUAGAGGAGAAAUUAAAAGGUUUUAGCUCACGUAGCGGCUGGCGGAGCCGCCGUACUACCCACUCGUCGACUGAGUUCGUCGUGUCACGUGGUUUCCGAGAGGGUGUCCACGGAGACGCCUGACCGGAAGGUGGGGUUUUUUCUUCUUCCUCGCAGCGGACGGCGGUGGGCUCGUCUGGAUGUCGGCGGACCGAUGCCUGGGCGCACUGUCGAUGAAAUCGUCAAGAUAGCACAAAAGCGAGGGGACAAGUAGAAUUCCUGCUCCGGCAGCAUCAGUGUUUGGAGUUCAGGAAGGAGCGUGUGUGCGUGCGUGUGUGUGUGUGUGUGUGUGUGUGUGUAAAUGAGUGAGUGUAUGUGAGGGAGAAAAAGAAGAACCUAAUGAUGGCUACCAGUAAGAAUAAAAACCAGAGUUCCCUGGCUUUGCACAAAGUCAUCAUGGUGGGCAGUGGAGGUGUAGGGAAGUCCGCCCUCACCCUGCAGUUUAUGUAUGAUGAGUUUGUGGAGGACUAUGAGCCCACUAAGGCAGACAGCUACAGGAAGAAGGUGGUGUUGGACGGGGAAGAGGUCCAGAUCGACAUCCUGGACACAGCGGGUCAGGAAGACUACGCUGCCAUCAGGGACAACUACUUUCGCAGUGGAGAAGGGUUUCUUCUGGUUUUCUCCAUCACAGAGCAUGAGUCUUUCACCGCCACCGCAGAGUUCAGGGAGCAGAUCUUGCGGGUGAAGGCAGAGGAGGACAAGAUCCCUCUCCUGUUGGUGGGGAACAAGUCGGACCUGGAGGAGCGGCGGCAGGUGACCAUAGACGAGGCGCGUGGCAAGGCUGAGGAGUGGGGCGUGCAGUACGUGGAGACAUCAGCCAAAACCAGAGCCAACGUCGACAAGGUAUUUUUCGACCUGAUGCGUGAAGUACGAGGCAAAAAGAUGUCGGAAAACAAAGACAAAAACGGCAAGGGGAAGAACAAGAACAAGAACAAGAAGAGCUUCAAAGAGAGAUGCUGUUUACUCUGAACUUGCUACGGACCUUCACAAUCCAGUCUAAUGGCCACAUUGGGGAGCAUGUCCAACGUUAGGGCGUUCUCCCUUUAAUGGUGCCAGAUAAAAUUUGUCAGAUUUCUUUUCUUCUUCCUAAUAGCUUGCCAUUUAGAGUGUAGAGCAGUCUCGACUUCUUUUUCAGACGAAACUAAAGGUUAAAUUCUGAUUGCUUGAUAGGAAGGAUACCACUAUUUUGUGACUCUGUGACUCUGACCGUUGCCUAAGUGGCUUAUUAAAAGCCGAUGACCAAACUGCCACUGACACUAACUCCAGAUCUGCCUGAGACUUCCUCUACUGUUUUAUCCUGACAUGGAUUACACUGCCUCGGAUUUAAAUUCUGGGUGUUUUUUAGUUCAGGAUUAUGCCUAAUCUUUUUUUCCAGUAAAUAACAUGAUUCUUUGUUUAUAUUAGCACACAGAUCCAAUCAGCCGCGGUUCAGUCCCCCUUUGUUUAACAAGGAAACCUAUUUGCUGCUCUCCUUAAUAUCUGUGAUCGUUCAUGAUAACCGUUAAUACCGCCAUCGACCACGUCUGCUCCCUCGUGCGUUACAGCACUCGGUUGUCAAAUUCCCGUCUCAUCUCGUUUGCAAGCACACACACAACUGGAAGCGCAGGCCGGCUUGGAAAAUCUGACGAGCCUUUGUGAGCAGUCCUUACGCUGCCCUCUUCUGACACUGCUCUCACAGGGAGACGAAUGUAAUCUGUCCAUCACAGGAGUGCGUGGUAGUCUGUCUGCGGAGACGGCAGUCGUUCUAAUCGGGAGACUUGCUGCCAAGGUCAUAGGAACGAGGGCACGUUGCUGCCAUUUCUCCUCAGUCGCUGUAUGUUUACCAUAACGUGACCGCUGUUAAUUGCCUUGUAAUUUUUUUUUUCCAAAGCAGCUGCUGCGAAGUUCUUUUUCUUGUUGACAGUAACCACAGUUUACGGAGGGUGUGUAUUUAUCAUACAAAUUAGAGUUUUGUUUUUUUUUUGCAGAUAUUUUAUUUGCAGUUAGCUACGGACUAGCAAAUUGUCGUAGGUAAUCUGACUAAGGGGAGAGAAUGUACCGGGGGUGUUGUACGAUGGGUGGGUUUGGCGUAUUCCACGGCGCUGUUGCAUCCGGGGUUGUGUAGACGUUGAGAUCAUUUUGUCUUUGCACGCUAUGAACCUUGGCGUAGGUCAGCGUUUCCCAGCCCAGUCCUCAAGGACCCCCUAUCCUGCAGAUUUUCAUUGUAAACCUGGCUAGGUAGCCCUGCUUGUACUUACUCAACCAAUCAUCUCACAGCACUUAAUUAUGCAAGGUGUGCAACAUCUGACAUAAUUCAUUGCCGAUUGGUUGAAUAACCACAAGCGGGUACCUAUUCAGGGUUGCAAAGCACAUCUGCAGGAUCGGGGGUCCUUGAGGGCUGGGUUGGGAAACGCUGGCGUAGGUAAUGACAGCGCUCAGCAAAGCCAUCAUGCACCCGCUUCAUAAUGUUGUCGUAUUUGAUUAACAGACGUCAAACGGCUUCGUGUUUAUCCUUGGACUCUUGUCAGUUUUUACUCCAAGGUCUUUGCAGUAUGUGCACUACAUUUGCCUACACCUUUUAGAAAUGAGCUCGUACGAGGAUUCAUGCUGGAGAAUUUUGAAAAGGAUGUGCCAACAAAACAAAAAAAAAUUGAGAAUUAUGUCAAACUACUAGUUUCUCUAUGAGUAAUAUGUACGUGAAAUUAACCGGGUGGAUGUGCGUUGACGAGAAUGUGGGUCCUACUUUUUCUGUGUCUUUGUGAGUGAUGGCAACAGUUUAUCCGUUGUUGUCGAACUCCAUUAUUGUUCAACGAAGUGCUACAAAGAAGCAGGUAUUUUUUACCACUGCCCGAGUCAUUCUCUGAACGUGUCCCUCCUUUUCCUCUACUCGUAUUCUACUUUGAGGAUGCUUUGACCGUAAUGACAGGGAGGAAAAGACAGUAUUGGGCGUGACUUCAAAAUAAAAAUAUAAAAUUGCCAAAUAAAAGCUUUUUUUUCCUUUUCUUUU